AUGACGGCCGUUUACAGUCUGCCGUCAACCGUCCGAACAGAAGCCUUCAUUCGCGGCAAACCAAGACAAUUCGCCACGCGCCGUCCCUGGCGUGAGCUCUUCGGCAGCGGUGCGUCUUAUUCCGUACCCUACAGCUACACUGAGUUCCAAUCUCGCCUCAAUUGCAACCUGAAACACUUCCGCGUCAACUACGCAAUGAUCGCACUCCUCGUCCUCUUCCUCAGCCUAGUGUAUCACCCGAUUUCGAUGAUAGUCUUUAUACUAAUCUCCGUACUCUGGUUGCUCCUGUACUUCUCCCGCACCGAGCCUAUCGUGGUGCUUAACUUCAGCGUGGAUGAUCGCGUAGUGAUGAUUGGACUCGGCCUCGUGACCAUUGCAAUUCUGGCUGUCACGGGAGUUUGGUUAAACGUUUUGGUGUCGGUAUUGAUUAGUGCAGCAGUCAUUGGCCUGCACGCGGCGUUUAGAGUGAGCGAGGAUAUGUUCCUUGGAGAAGAUGAAGCUGCUGAUGGGGGAUUAGUCUCGGUCGUUGGAGCAUAG